AUGCCACAAGAGUCCCAAGCCCCCAGGCAGGCCAAGGAUGCCGUCCUCGUCCAAUCGGCCGAGAUGCCGGCCGGCUCGCAAAAGGUCGAGGAGCUAGACUUCAACAAGUUCCGUGGCCGUCCCAUCACGGCUGAGGACCUCCUCGACGGCAUGAGGCACAUGGGGUUCCAAGCCUCAUCUAUGUGUGAGGCAGUCCGCAUCAUCAACGACAUGAGAGCAUGGAGCGACCCAGAAACGGGCGAGCGCACCACCAUCUUCUUGGGCUACACCUCCAACCUUAUAUCGUCGGGCCUCCGUGGCGUACUCCGCUACCUCGUUCAGCACAAGCACGUCUCGGCCAUCGUCACCACGGCCGGUGGCAUCGAGGAGGACCUGAUCAAGUGCCUCGGCGACACGUACAUGUCGUCCUUUAGCGCCUCGGGCGCCGACCUGCGCAAGAAGGGCCUCAACCGCAUUGGGAAUCUCGUCGUUCCAAACUCCAACUACUGCGCCUUUGAGGACUGGGUCGUCCCCAUCCUCGACAAGAUGCUCGACGAGCAGGAGGCGGGCAGGGGCAAGGGAGACGACGGCGAGGACGCUGUCAACUGGACCCCGAGCAAGGUCAUCCACCGCCUCGGCAAAGAGAUCAAUGACGAGCGUUCCGUCUACUACUGGGCCUGGAAGAACGACAUACCCGUCUUCUGCCCUGCCCUGACCGACGGUAGCCUUGGCGACAUGCUGUACUUCCACAGCUUCAAGGCCUCGCCGCGCCACCUGCGCGUCGACAUCGUUGAGGAUAUCCGCAAGAUCAACACCAUCGCCGUGCGGGCCAAGCGGGCCGGCAUCAUCAUCCUCGGCGGCGGCGUCGUCAAGCAUCACAUCGCCAAUGCCUGCUUGAUGCGCAACGGAGCUGAGUCCGCCGUCUACAUUAACACGGCUCAGGAGUUUGACGGCAGUGAUGCCGGUGCGAGACCAGACGAAGCUGUUUCGUGGGGCAAGAUCAAGGCCGGAGCUGACGCGGUCAAGGUAUAUUUGGAAGCAACUUCAUGCUUCCCAUUCAUCGUGGCCAAUACUUUUGCAAGAGAUGAUCAGCACGUCAAGUCUGAUAGCAGCUAG